AUGUGUGUGCUCUGCAGCUUAACUUAUGAACUAGACCUGCACAACAUGAGCCUUCUCUUUGCCUUCGAGCUGCUGCUGCUCCUGCUUGCGUUGCCACACCUUUUUUGUGCCUCAAAUUCUACACAGACGCCACUGGAUCGGCAAGCAGAGGCACUUCCCCAAUGGAAAUCUAGCCUAAACAAUUGGUCCAAUGAUGGCCUGGACUCAUGGACAAAGGCAAGCAACCCUUGUGACUGGGAUGGUGUUGCAUGCAGCAACGACGUGCUGCCUCGUGGCCGUGACCAGGGUGAUGAUGCCCUAGUUGUGUUCAACAUUUCGCUUGUGGGGUUUGCCCUUGUUGGCACAUUAGACAGGCUCCACUUUCCAAAUUUGGCCCAUCUUGUGUAUUUGGACCUUAGUGGCAACAUUCUCCAGGGCUCAAUCCCAUCAAGCAUUGGUGCUCUUGCCCAGCUCAGUCACUUGGAUCUAUGUUGCAGCAUUCUCCGGGGCUCAAUCCCGCCUAGCAUUGGUGCUCUUUCCAAGCUCACUCACUUGGAUCUAUCCAACAAUGAACUGAAUGGGUCUAUCCCAACAUCUCUAGGUAAUCGUACUAAACUAACCUCCAUCUAUCUCUUUUAA